CACAUUAUCACUUCAUUUCCAUAUUAAUCUAUCUGCAAAAACAAACAGAAUGGCAGAGCAAUACCCUCAAGGCCAUGUCAAUAACACUUCUUCUGUGGAGGCCGAAGAGCAUGGAUGUUUCAAUUUUAUGAGAGAGGAUAGAAUGGAGGAAGAAAAAACUCAAGAUGAUAUUGUAAUGACAGAUUUUGACACUGGAAAAGGGAGCAAAGGGAGGCAAAAGCACACUCUGAUGGAUGAGCUUCAACGCUCUCAUAGCCACUCAAGCUCGUCUAGUGAGGAGGAUGUAGAAGAGGGCGGAGAAAGGAGAAAGAAGAAGGAGAAGAAGGGACUGAAGGAGCCUAUCAACGAUAAGAUAUCUGAAGAUGAAGGAGAAGACACUGAACAUAAAGACACGAGCAUUCCCGUUGAGAAAUGUAAUGAAGAAGCAAACGCUGAAACAGCUAAGGCAGAAGAAAAGAAGGGCUUUCUGGAGAAGAUCAAAGAAAAACUUCCAGGCCAGCACAAGAAAAUUGAAGAAGGCACUGAAACUCCAUAUGUAUAUGAGCAUUCCCCAGGAAGCGAUGCAAAGGAGAAGAAAGGGAUAAUGGACAAGAUCAAGGAGAAGAUGCCCGGGCACCAUAAUGAAAAGGAAGAUUAAUUUCCCAGCGAAAGUGUGAAAAUGAUUCUAGGUGUAGUUCCCUUUGUUAGGUUGUAUUUGUUGCAUUGCCUUCUAACAAGAAAAACUCAUCACUGAGUAGAAGAUUUCUUCA